AUGUCUAGGAUUGGUCUGGAUACGAGAAGCGUUUUCAAGUACUUCAAUUCGUGUAUGCAUACAAGGAGAAAUCCAAAAGGCGAGCUUGUUCCUUUGGACCCUGAGUUACAAAAAACAAUUCGAUUCAACAAAAAGCUUAAGGAAGCAAGCUCGUCUUCACCAAAAGAAGAAGAAGAGGUGUACGACAUCUCCUUACUCUUCCAAGAGCAACCUUCAACGCCAGCACCUCAACCAAUGGCUCUCACCAUUAGGCAACUUUCGACCUCUGUGAUUCCACCAGGUGGCGUCCCUACUUGUAUAACUUACCCUGCUGCAGCUGAAGGAGCAACAGCUGACUUUGAGUUGAAGUCUGGGCUACUUCAUCGUCUUCCUACAUUCCAUGGACUCUCUAUGGAAGAUCCCAAUCAACACUUAAUGGAGUUUCAGUUCAUUUGCACAAGCAUGAAGCCACAAGGAGCUGAUGAGCAAAUUUUGAAGUUGAAAGCCUUCCCAUUCUCGUUGGCUGACAAGGCAAAACAAUGGCUUUAUGAGUUGCCAAGUGGACGCAUCACAUCUUGGGCUGGCAUGAUGAAAGCAUUUUUGGAAAAAUACUUCCCUACAUCUCGUAUCAUCAUGCUUAGGAAGAAGAUAAGUGGCAUUCAACAAGGGCAAGAUGAGUCCUACGCAGAGUACUAUGAAAGGUUCAAGACUCUUAUCACUCAAUGCCCUCAACAUGGCAUGAAGGAGGAGACCUUGCUCACUUGCUUCUAUGAUGGUCUCACCAACUUGGAAAGAGAUAUGCUCGAUGCAGCCUCUGGUGGAUCAUUUGUUGACAAGGAACCUGCAGCUGGAAUGAUCUUAAUUGAGAAUAGGGCCUUGAAUCAACAACAAUAUGGAAGUUCCAAGUCCACCCAUACACGUGAAAAGGCCCAUGAGGUAAGUACUUUGGUUCAAUUAGAAGAUAAAAUUAACAAGCUUACCUCUAUUGUUUCCCAGGGAAUGAAAGGACAAGUCAUGGCGUGUGGAGUGUGCUCAAUGCAAGGGCAUGCAGCUGAUCAAUGCCCUCAACUCAUGGACAAUGAAGAAGUCAACGCCAUUGGCUUCCAACAAGGGCAGAAUCGUCCUCGUAAUGAUCCUUUCUCGAACACAUAUAAUGAUGGAUGGAGAAAUCACCCAAAUUUCCGUUGGAGAGACAAUGACAACGUCCAAGCAGCUGCUCCAAACGCUAGUUACAAUCGUGCUACACCCGGCUUCUACCAAAAACCUCAGGCUCCUCUAAACUCUAGUCCUUUAAAUUCUUCAUCUUCUUCUUCUUCUAAUAACUAUAAUGAGAUUAUCAAAACUUUAACUAUUUCUACUCAGACUUUGUUGCAGAAUCAAAAUCAAAUGCAAAAUCAAACCAACAAUUUGAUGCAAGGUCAGAAUCUCAUGCAAAAGAGGAUGGAAGCAAUGGAGAAACAACUUGGCCACGUGGUUGAUUUCAUGACAAAAGGCCCUGAAGGUGGUAAGCUUCCAAGUAAUACUAUUCCAAAUCCAAAGGGAAACUAUGAAUCUGCAAAUGCCAUCACCACCAGAAGUGGAAAGGUCAUCAAUGCCAUCCCCAAGAAAGAUGAAAGUGAGAAAGCUAUCUUGGAAGUCUUUAAGAAAGUGCAAAUAAACAUCCCUCUCCUUGAUGCGUUGAAGCAAGCACCAAAAUAUGCAAAAUUUUUGAAAGAGCUUUGCACUACAAGGAGACACAUUCAUGAGAAGGAAGUAGUGAAAGUUGGCGCAAAUGUUUCUGCCUUGAUUGAUCGAAAACUUCCUCCUAAAUGCAAGGAUCCCGGAAGCUUCACUGUUCCAUGUGUGAUUGGUAACAUUAGAUUUGACAAUGCUAUGCUAGACUUAGGUGCAUCCAUAAAUGUUAUGCCAUAUUCUGUUUAUGCAUCUCUAGGCCUAGGCGAGCUUAAAAAGGAUAAUGUUAUCAUUCAAUUAGCAAACAGAUCUAAUGCCUAUCCAAAAGGUCUUUUGGAAGAUGUUCUUGUGCAGGUGGACAAGCUGAUUUUUCCCGCGGAUUUUUAUGUUUUGGAGAUGGAAGAGUCCUCCUUGACUCCAACACCACUUUUGUUGGGGACGUCCUUUUAUGAGAACCGCAAGGACUAA